AUGCUCCUUCCAUCAUUGCUCAUCGUGUUCAUCACUGUCCAAGCGUCAUCUGCAACAAUUAAUCUAUCUAUCUUCCGCCGAGGAGGACGCUUCACAGAUCACAAGCCAUGCAACCUCACUCAUCUGUCCGAGAUCCUAGCAGCUACCGAGCAGCGCUAUCUAACGACAUAUCGAGGUGUCGAUGAGAACCGACUCGUCCGCAGAUGGCGGCCAACCACAGGUGAUGAUGAUCAUCUUCUGCAAGCCAUUGGUGGAGAUGGCAGCUGGUACGCAGCGCUUGAGGUUGGCUCGCCGCCUCAAGAGCUUCAGUUCGAUCUCGACAUGCUCGGGCCUGACUUCUACACGGUCAUGACAACGAGCGCAGAGGGAUCUAGGUACAACACAUUCGCUUCUGUAACUUUUGACGAAGACGGCAGCUUUGAUCAUGCGAUGUGCAAGCGUGCAUCAGAUCUGUUCGAGCUCAGCACCAGCGUUCGCCUAUCGCUGCCGAUCUGUACACCCCCGAAAGCAUCAUCCCUCACUCUCCGCUCGUCUGGUAGCGUCAUCGGUCUCGGUCCUCCUGGCUUCCUUACGCGUCUUUCCGGGCUCAAUAUUCUUGAUCAGCUUCACACGCAAGGCUUCAUCACAGACACGAUUUCAUCAGUGACUAUUCUUGAUGCUGAGACAGGUGUUCUGAGCCUUGGAGGCACCAUCGCCAAAGACGCUGAAGAGGCCAAAAUACGUGCAGGUAUUGAAUUGCAGCACUUCGGACAAGCAGAGGCCUCCCCAGAGUGGGUUCAGGCCAGAGUCGUGGAAGGAAUGGGUCUCUUCGACAGCACAUCAGUCGAGAAGCAGUUCAAGUGGACGAAGACACAGGGCCCGCCUGGUUGGUGGACAACGUUAAUGCCCGGUGUCUGGAUCAAUGGCGCCAAGGUCAUGCGGAAUCAGCCUGUGCUCCUGGAUAUACAAUCGCCUUUCAUACUCGCACCAUCAGAGGCCGCCCGACAGUUCUACGCAGCCAUUGGUGGCUCUUAUCGACUUCCAGCGCCGCACGACAUGUUUUUCGCCAUUCCGUGCCUGAACAAGGUGAACAUUGCCUUUGAGAUGGCAGGCUGGAACUUUCCUGUUAUGUCUGCGGAGACCACGAGAUUUGAUAGCUUGCAUGGACCACCUGGAGGCCCCCUCAGCCUGGGAAAGUUAGAGGACGGUACAGGCUACUGCGUUGGUGUUGUUGUUGAGACUAGAAUGGGCGAGAGCAGCGAAUGGGCGGAUUCGGGCUUGAAGAGAACAUGGGUCCUUGGCGAGCCAUUCUUUCGCGGAUUGGGAGUCGUGUUCGACCACGAGAAGGGAAGAAUCGGCUUGCGAUCCUACUGA